ACGUGCACAACUAAAGGAACUCAUCUUCACAUUUCUGCCCUAACUUCCAGAAUUUUCCACAUCCCGGUAUAAAGAUCGUGGGGAAAAUCAUCCUGUCUGGAAGUGGAUGCUCAGGAAGUCCAGGGUGUCAGAGAAGGUCUGCAAGUUUACGGUCCCACCACUCGCCCACUCCCUGCACUCAUGUGUGUUAAGAGUCUCCUCGUCCUGGGCCUGUUGGUCAUCUUCGUCAUGGCUGCUGAGAAGAAGCCCGCUGCUGUGGGGAAGAAACCAGCUGCCACCAGCGCUCAGAAGAAACCAGCUGCCACCAGCGCUCAGAAGAAGGCCCCUGCUGCUGCUCCUGCGGACAAGAAGGCCCCUGCUGCGGCCCCUGCUGCUGCCACCUCUGAGAAGAAGGCCCCUGCUGCUGCCACCUCUGAGAAGAAGGCCCCUGCUGCUGCUGCUGCUGCUGCUGCUGCUGCCGACAAGAAGGAUGGUGCUGAGAAGAAGAAGGAGGAGAAGCCUCUGAGUAGCCACGCCUCCAUCCUGGCGGACAGCAGCGUGGGUCUGGCGUUCAGCCUGUACCAGCACAUGGCCCAGGAGAAGGGUGCGGAGAACAUCCUCAUCUCGCCUGUGGUGGUGGCCAACUCGCUGGGCCUGGUGGCGCUCGGCGGGAAGUCCUCCACGGCCUCUCAGGUGCGGACCGUGCUCAGCAACGACCGCGUGGAGGACGAGCGGCUGCACGCCGGGCUGGCCGAACUGCUGGCGGAGGUGAGCGACGCGACGCAGCGCAACGUCACCUGGACGAUCAGCAGCCGCCUCUACGGGCCCAGCUCAGUCAGCUUCACCGACGGCUUCGUCAAGGGCAGCAAGAAGCACUACAACUUCGAGCACUCCAAGAUCAACUUCCGCGACAAGCGCAGCGCUGUGAACUCCAUCAACGAGUGGGCAGCCAAGUCGACCGACGGAAAGCUUCCGGAAGUUACCAAGGACGUUGACAAGACGGAUGGAGCCAUGAUCAUCAAUGCCAUGUUCUAUAAACCUCACUGGGACGAGCAGUUUCACCACAAGAUGGUGGACAACCGCGGCUUCCUUGUGUCUCGCACUCUGAAACUCUCCCUUCCCAUGAUGCACCGCACUGGUAUGUAUGGCUUCCACGAGGACACCGAGAACAAGCUGUUCGUCCUGAACAUGCCCCUUGCCCACAAGAAGUCGUCCCUGGUGCUCAUCAUGCCCUACCACGUGGAGCCCCUGGAGCGUCUCGAGAAGCUGCUGACCAGCAAACAACUGGACACGUGGAUUAGCAAACUUGAGGACCGAGCUGUGGCAGUUUCCCUCCCCAAAACCAGCAUUGAAGUCAGCCACAACCUUCAGAAACACCUCGGUGAGCUGGGCCUGAGUGAUGCGGUGGACAAAACGAAGGCCGAUCUGUCGCACAUCUCGGGGAAGAAGGACCUGUACCUGUCCAACGUGUUCCACGCGUCGGCCAUGGAGUGGGGCACCGAGGGCAACCCGCCCGACACCAGCGUCUACAACACGGACAAGCUGCGCAGCCCCAAGCUGUUCUACGCUGACCACCCCUUCAUCUUCCUGGUCAAGGACACCAAGACCAACGCUAUCCUCUUCAUCGGCAGGAUGGUCCGGCCCAAGGGAGACAUCAUGAGAGACGAGCUAUAACCUGGGUGUGUGUGUGAGUGUGUGCGCCGGCAUUUGUGUGUGUUUGUGAGCGUGUGUGAGAUAGUGAGUGUUUGUGU